AUGGAAAAAAGCGAGCUUAUCCAUCUAGCUCGAAGCUUCCAAGAAUUUACCGAUGAGUGCAAGCUUGAGGACGCCCGACAUAAAACUUUCACCAACUGGCCAUAUGACUCUGAUCCCAAGGCAACACUCACUUCAUCGAAAGUAAGAUUAAAUUACGGACAUCAAUUAAUUUUUGAUCUCUUUAUUUUUUAAUUUAGCUAUCGCAAUGCGGCUUUACCAUGUCGACGGUUGAUGAGAGUGAACCGUCCGCAGAAUGUGUGUGGUGCUCGAAAGAUGUUGUGUUUGAUCCCACAGAUGACCCAUUGUAAGUCCGUCCUUUAUUGUCAUAUUCUGUUUAGAAGCGAAGAAUGCCAUCGAAAUGGAUGCCCCAUGUUCAAAUAUCGUAAACCAGAAAAACAGUGGUCCGUUCAAGAGAUGUUUGCUGCUGUGACUUUCAAGAAGAGUGUUGCUGCAGUAUGUUUUUGUCGUUUCCUUGACAUUUCAGCUUUAUUUUUCUAUGGUAAACCAAUUUUUUAAUUGUUUUAGGUGAUUUCCAUGGUUUCUGAGCACCGAAAAGUAUUGGAAAACACCGAAGACGAAACGCAAAAGAGAAUUCACGAUCUUCUCAUCAAGGCCAACCGAGCUUGUUAA